AUGUUUCCGAAACAGAGCAUAGCUCUGGUACACCACUCAAAUCAGCUGCGCCGAAUCGGCACUCCUCACUUUAUGGCCCCCGAAGUUGUCCGGCGUGAAGCUUACGGGAAGCCUGUUGAUGCCUGGGGAUGUGGAGUCUUCCUUUUUGUCCUGCUCAGUGGCUCAUUACCGUUCUAUGGGACUCGGGAGACCCUUUUCACCCAGAUAGUGACAGGCAGAUACCACGUAAGUGAAUAA